AUGGCGCAUACUAUACAGAAAAUUGUGAUUACAAUAAGUGUCUGGUAUAUCAUAGUUUUAAAGAUAAGAAGACAUAACAUAAUUAUUAAGGGUUUUGUUGAAACAACACAAAAUUUACCAUCAUAUUUGAAUAUUUGUAAGCGUUCUGAACCAAAUAUCGAUGAUUGUGUAUGGAAAAGUAUUGAUAAAUUAAGACCAUAUUUAAUAUCUGGUAUUCCAACAUUAAAUAUACCACCAAUGGAACCAUUAUUAGUACCAUUAGUUAAAGUUGACCAAUCAGUUGGACCAAUUUAUGUUAAAUCACAAUAUAAUGAUGUAAAAAUUAUGGGAACAUCAAAAUUUGUUGUUGAAGAUUUAAAAAUGAAUUUUGAUGAUAAUUCAUUUUCAUUACAAAUAUAUUUUCCAACAUUAAAUAUAACAUCAGAUUAUAGUAUAACAGGAAAAAUUUUAAUAAUGCCAAUUAUUGGAAAAGGAGCUUUAAAUGCUAAUUUUACUGAUGUAGUCGUUACAAGUGUAUUAAGUGGAGAACGAUUUAAAAAGAAUAAUACAAAUGGUAUAGAAGAGGAAUAUUUUAGAGUAACUGAUGUUAAAGUUCAUUUUAAAAUUGGUGGAUCAAAUACACAUUUAGAUAAUUUAUUUAAUGGUGAUCCAAGAUUAGGUAAUAGUAUGAAUAAAUUUUUAAAUGAUAAUUGGCAUAUAAUCGCAUAUGAAAUAAAACCAAUACUAGAAGAAGCAAUAAGUGAAAUGAUAAAAGAAUUAUGUGAUGAUUUCUUUAAUAAUUAUAGUUAUGAUGUUCUAUUUCCAAAAUAA